UCAGUGGGAAGAUGGCCUCCUGUGCCCUGGGCCCCCUGCAGGGCUGCUGUCUGCUGCUGAUUUUUACCUGGGCCACGGUGCUGGGCCGAGUGUCCCAUGGCCAGCAGAGGUCGCAGGAACAUGAGGUGACCCCAGGAUAUGCCAAGGUGAAGGGGACCAAGGAGACACUGCCCCCUCAGGACCACAAUGAGAGGACUGACGAAACGCCUGAGAAACACAGCCCCCACCAGGCAGAGGAGCCCGUUGCUUCUAGAUGCUUCCGCUGCUGCGACCCUGUGACCCCCAUGUACCAGCCCAUCCCAGUGCCCCAGGUCAACAUCACCAUCCUGAAAGGCGAGAAGGGUGACCGAGGAGACCGAGGCCUCCAGGGAAAGUUCGGCAAAACGGGCUCAGUGGGCGCCCGGGGCCACGUGGGCCCCAAGGGGCAGAAGGGCUCAGUGGGGGCACCCGGGGACCGCUGCAAGACCCACUACGCGGCCUUCUCGGUGGGCCGGAGGAAGCCACUGCACAGCAACGACUACUACCAGACAGUGGUCUUCGACACGGAGUUCGUCAACCUCUACGGCCACUUCAACAUGUUCACGGGCAAGUUCUACUGCUACGUGCCUGGCAUCUACUUCUUCAGCCUCAACGUGCACACCUGGAACCAGAAGGAGACCUACCUGCACAUCAUGCGCAACGAGGAGGAGAUGGUGAUCCUGUACGCGCAGGUGAGCGACCGCAGUAUCAUGCAGAGCCAAAGCCUGAUGCUGGAGCUGAGAGAACAGGAUGAGGUCUGGGUGCGCCUCUUCAAGGGCGAGCGGGAGAACGCCAUCUUCAGUGACGAGUUUGACACCUACGUCACCUUCAGCGGCUACCUGGUCAAGCACACCUCCGACCCCUAGCAGCCCACCGCGCCCCGCUUCCCAACGUGCGCCCCGUCCCCGCUUCCUGGCUGGCUUUGGCGUUGAGCGCGAUGCCCCCCGGCAGGAUGGCAGGCAGAAAGCACCCUGCGGGCUGGGGACCCCACGGAGCCCCGAGGACAGGUGACAUCCUGGGUCCCUGAGGUCCGAGGAGUCCUCCGCUCCACUCUACGUGCAUGUCCUUAACUGACCUCCAUCCCCACCCCUAAAAGUCUUGGCAGGACCAGGGCAACAGCUCACUCCCUUUUCUGGAAGUUAUUAGCAAAUUCUCAAGGUUUGGACAAAUGGUGUGCAGACAGGGCAGGCGUUGCUACGCCCACCUUCCCACCCAGUCACCCUGGAGGGCUGUUUCCAGGGGGUCGCACGGGGUGCCUGGGAAGUGAGAUCACAGUGGAAUCAAAUUCAGUGGUGAGGUGGGAGUGAGGGCAGAGCUCAGGGACACAGAAGACCACAGUGGGCCACAUCCAAAUUCCCUGGGGGCAGCUGGAGCAGUGCCAUGCUCGGCCGUGCC